CCAUCUCUCUCUCUCUCUCUCUUUCAAAUAUUGUUAUUUUUUUUUUAUAUAAAAAAACACUUGAAUUAUGGAUGUGUAUGAUACAACAACAACCGAUGAUGGAUACUCCACCUGCGAUAGCAUUAUUACGCGCGUAGUGACGGAUUUAUUUUCAUACGAUGAUAUCAAGAGAAAAAGAAUAUUAGACCAUUAUUAUCUGCCCAACUCGACAUUUGUAUCUCCGAUCUUGCGAACUUCAGGAGUUCACAACAUCAAACAUACGCUGCUAGUGUGGAAGACAUUAAAUAAAGAAGCACCCACAAUAAACAACAUUUGCUUUAAUGGAAAAACAUGUGUCGUCUUUUUAACACAAACAUUAUGUCCAAGAAUGUUUCCUUGGAUACAAAUAGCAUUACCUGUUACUGUGGUACUCGAAUUCAAAGAAACAGAUAAAGACAGUGGUUUACUAAAGAUUGAAACUCAUGAAGAGCACUGGACCAUAGAAGGCAUAUUAAAGGCAAUCCCAUUUGUAUCGUUUUGGUAUGAUCAUGUGGUACGAACCAUGAUAGGCAAAUUAUUAGCUGCCACUGGAGAGGCAGUUUAUACUGCAACAGAAACUGCAAGUUUACUCGUUUCAAGAAGUCGAGAAAUUGAAGAAGCAAGAAGAAAACUCGAAUCUUCCUCCUCUUCGUCAUCCGCAUGCAAAUAUGAUGUCAGUGAUAAGAGCGACGUCCAAGUCAUGAUGCUAAGAAUUAAAAAUUCGUAUUCAACUGACGACGACGAUGAUGAUGAUGAUAAUGAUGACUGACAAAAAGGGCAUGAUUCCCAAAAUAAUGGGGGUGUCUGAAGGGAGAAAGAAGAAGAAAUUACCUUAUUGUUUAUAUCCCCCCACCCACCCAAUUCAUAUUUUAAUUUUCCUCUCUCUUUUUUUUUCUUUCUUCCUUCUUUUUCUUUUUAAAAAAAAAUAACUCUCCCAUUAGAUAUGAGUGAAGAAUAGUAAAUAUAGAAAAAAUAAAU